AUGGCUUCCUCUGAGUCCCCAGAUAUCUUUAUGGCGAGCUCUGAGACUCCUGCGCAGCUGUCGACUAAGCCGUCUCAGGCUGAUGCACCGGUCCCUCUGUCCUUCCCCGCAUUUCUGCGCAACGCGGGCCUCCAAUCCCGCUUCGCCCAGUUGAGCGAAGGCGGGAUCACAUACCGCACCAAGUCUGCGCCAUCCGUGACGAAGCGCAUUUCGCGUCGCGAUGAGAAUGAUGGAAAGCGCUGGGUCCGCCGCAAGGAGAACUCUCGCUUCGAGGGCAAUCCCCACGUCGUUGCGCCUACCAAACGCGACCUGACACUCGCUCAUCCGACUAAGUCAGAAACUUUCCCGAUUCCACUACCGCCUUUCCUUCCCCGAAGCGUCUCGCUGCCAGCGACCACUGCGCCUUCGCCCAACUACCAGAACUCUCACUCUGGCAACUUCUCUAUGUCUCUGCGCGGUGCGCGCAAGAACAUCCGUAGGGCGGGGCCUCGCACACAAGCGCUCGUCCGAGCAGUGGAGGAGACCCUGACGAACUGGGUUGCGGAAGGCGCUGCCGUCGUGAAACCCGACGCUCCUGCGCCAGAGAUGUCCUUCCCGGGCAUUCUGAUUGGUGACGUAGAGGGCGUGUACGAAGUUCAACGCACGCAUGACCGUCUCGUCUGGUGUAUCCAGGACGAUGCAUGGUCACGCUAUGUGGUGCACUGUUGCGCGCGCUAUCAUGAAGUCGUAAGCUUCAGCAAAGACACCCCAGAACACCGUCUCACUUACCUUCUACGCCCAAACAACACCCGUGUGCAACCCGCCCGUACUGCCGCCAAGAACCUGGACACACCGCCCGCAACAGACCCAGAGCUCUCGUCGACAUACGACUCCGACGUCAUCGACCUAUCCGACAUCGCCUCUGUUGAGCUCUCCGACAUCGCGUCCGCCGACGGCCUCUCAGACAUCGACGCCCCGCCCGAAUCUGCAGCUUCCCCUGCUCCCCUGAGCGCGAUCUCUUCCGACAACGAAGCGGACGUCGAAUCCGACCUGGGCUCGAUAGCCUCGCUAUACCAUGCUGCACGUCGCGCGGAGGCAUGGGAUACCUGGUCGCAGUCCGACGGAGAUGAGCUUCCCGAGGCUAUGCGUGGGCUGGCGAUCGAGGAUGAUACGCCCCGUGCUCGGCGUGUUGCUCCUCUUCGGGCUAGUACUUGGGAUCGUGCGCGCUCGGGAAGUUCACCGUCGCGUUCUCCGGCUCGUCGUGAGCGCCGUCCUGCUCGUCGUGGGAAGCGUCGCGGUGCAGCGAACGCUGAGGCCGAUCAAGCUGGGAAGAGCUUCUACGACUACAUCUUCAACUGA